AUGGGUUACAAUAUUCUAGCUCCACCAGGACCAACAUACUUUCCUACUUCCCUGCGUAAAAAGCCUGAUUUACUAGAUAUCUUUGUCUCCAAUACACCAUCAAACUUAUUCCUCAUGACUGGAAAUCUUCUUGAACCCACCUCGGAUCACUCAGCCGUACUUUUAACAGAUACUAGGAUACAACAAAUGAUUCUGUUAAAGAAACUAUAUAGAAAUUUAAAAGCAAAGAAUUCAAAGUAUAGCCCAGCUAUACGUGGUUUUGCUCUCACACUACAAUUUUAUUCUUCAAAAGCUUACUCUUUUGUGAGGAAAACCUUUCAACAUUUAUUGCCACACCCUGCAACCAUACUAAUAGAUGAAAUGGCUAUACGGAAGCAGGUAUCGUUUAUGAAUAACAAAUUUUAUGGUUGUGUUGACUUAGGCACGGGUAAUAAAGUAGACCAGUAUAAUGCAAAAGAAGCUACAAAUGAAAGGGCAAAUUUACUUUCAAAAUGUUUAGAAUUAUUUUCUAAUACUGGUGCAAAAUGCAAUUCAAAUAUUGAUGGAACACCAAAUCUUGCUAUGUGUACAUCACUUGGAGCAAAUUUCAAUUAUUAUUCAGACAAUUUUCAACCCUGGUUCUAUAAUCCUUCAAAACCACAAGAAAAAAUAUUUGUAUUCUGGGAUGCUGCUCAUAUACUUAAGCUUGUUAGGAGAUAA